UUCACCAGCGUCCAAUAUGGCGCCAACUUAAAUUUUUGUCCGUCUUCGCGUUUCGGGUCAUAGAAUUUUCCAAACUCAGCAGCGCGCCUUGUCUUCUCCUUAAUAAUAUGUUUUUAUGUGUACUGAGGUAAUGACGGAACGCAAUACCUGCACGAUAACCGCUUCUUAUCUUUGAUUGAUCGCAGAGCCGACGUCGGAAAACAACGGAAAGACCGCAGUUAUCGUCAUCCGUGCGUGAAAAAUCGAUACAGUUCGAUGUAGGUGGCGGGGUCAGUGGCGCUUUGCGGGGCCGAUGUCGCGCUUGGUCAGUGCACGUGCUGCAUCGAAAUGUGGCCUUGGCCGCCUUGGAUCACGAUCGACGGGAAACGUACUACCGGUACUACAACUAGGACGGACCAGCCCCGGCGAACGCUGCUCUGCGGUGAUGUUUGCUAGUGGCUACUCGUUGGUUUUCCGCGAGUUUACCAACAGUAUUUGUCGCGUUUCGUGACUAAACUUCACGAAGGCACCCCUUUAGUCGUGACUACGUGUGAACCUCUUGAAGGGCAGGUCGUGACUAUAGUGGCCUCGAAGUUGGAAGUCGUAACUACUUGUGAACUUCACAACGGAGAGAAAGUCAUUACUAUAUGCAAGCUUCACGUAGGGGAAGUCGGGACUGCUUGUGAACUUCGUAACUGAGAGGAAGUCGGCACUACGUGUGAUUGUCACAAAGAGUACUUGUGUUGUGGCUUUCAACCUCGCGAAGAACAACGCAUGUCUGUUCGGCAAUUUCAUGAAAAGGGAGUCGUGUGUACUGGUGAACUUCACGAAGAGUAAGCCAUGACAGAUUGACCGUUUCCACUCAAAGACAUGUAACUACAACUAGACUAGCUACAUUUUGUUUUCCCCUUGAGUGUUUACAUUUACACUGCAGGGGACAUGGAUUGGGACUCGGACGAUGACGUGCAGUGCUUGAUAACGAAGCUGUGUGUUAUUCUAGCGAGGGAUGCCGAUCCUGGUGGCACUAGGUUGGGGAACGUUUCAGUGAAGGAACUCCGUAAGACGGCAUUCUCAAUACUGCUGAAAGUGGGCGAACAGCAUCAGCAAGUGUGUGGCGGGAAGCCAUGGGACGUUCCGGUGGAGGAUCGCGUCGUGGCCAAGGCCAUAGAGAUGCAGCUCAAGUCAAGGCACCAGGAUGCACUCCGACUCAGGGCGUGCCUGUCCAAGCUCAGGGGCACCAGCGGACGCUGCUCCGACGGCGUCCAAGCCUGCCUGGAGUUUUUGCUCUGCCUGUCCGAGACCAGACCUGCGAAGCCAAGCAAGGGGAGACGUCUCUUCGAGCUUCCCUCGAUCAUGGAACCAAGCUAUCAGGCACGACACUCCGUGUGUUUGGUUCCAGGAGUUCCUGCAUUCAAAGACUACUCGAGCGAGCUUUUCGAGCGCAUUGACGACCUGAGCAACGCUACGUCUAAGGCAUCGUUUUUUCCUGCAGUGAGUAUAUCUUUUUAUUUUUAG